CCCUCUAUUGGUCCAAAUUGGUGUAGCCAUUGUAACCUGUACAGACAGAAGACGUAGUCAGACUGGAUACAUGAGAUAGCCAUGCUUCCACUUACACUGGUGGCAUGUACACAGUGUCGGAGCCUAAAGGAAGACUUCAUUAUAGAAAAGAAAUGGUUUAAUACACCAAAAAUGCUGGAGUGCGGCAUGUCAAAACGUGAUAGAAAGGCUCUGCAGAAGUGCUCGGCUGUCCUCUGUAAACAGAUGGUGGUGGACGAAAUGCUCAUUCAGUCUCUGCAGGCGGACGACAUUCUCACGGAGAGUAUGGCAGAAGGCGUGAUGGCAGAGCAAACUUCUCAGAAACGUAGUUGGCGUCUGCUGCUUCUUUUACCAAAGCGAGGACCCAAAGCUUUCAGCAGCUUCUGCUCAGCUUUGAGAGACACAGAGCAACAGCACUUAUGUGACCUGCUCACACAAUGUCCACAGACAGACCUGAGUGAGGCCCAAGGAGAGAGCCCAGUGCACUCCUCUCUUCCCCUCCCCACACCAGAGGUCAUUCCAGCCAAGAGAGCUCGAACACUUGAGUCCAUGGAAGUUAGCCUGGAUACAGACAGUCCAAUCACCACUCCGGUCUACCCAUGUACUCAUGAGUUCUACCUUUCACACUGUCAACAGUCUUAUAAAAUGACCUCCUCUCCUCGUGGCCUGGCCUUGGUCAUCAGUAAUGUGGCGUUUGACCCUCACGCCGCUCCAGACCUCGAUCUUAGAAAAGGGGGUGAGGUGGACGAUGAGGUGCUCAGGAAAGUCUUCACUGAACUGGAUUACAUAGUCACAGUGCAGAGAAACCUCACUGCUCAGGACAUGAGGCUGUGCAUAGAGAGCUUCUCCAGGCGCCCGGAGCACAGGACAGUGGACAGCUGUGUGGUGUGUCUGCUCUCUCACGGAGUGGAGGGGGCUGUGUACGGCACCGACGGACAACUACUGCAGCUUGACUGGGUGUUUGGGUCCUUCGACAAUGCACACUGCCCGUUACUACAAAAUAAACCAAAGAUGUUUUUUAUUCAGGCAUGCAGAGGAGAGGACAUGGACUGUGGUGUGGAGCAGAUCGAUGGGCCUACGAGGACUUGUUCACCGAGCUGUGAACAGGUGGAUGCUGGGAGGGAGGGCCAGAGCGACACAAGCCUCAGACAGAUAGCGGACAUGGGGAGGCCCAGGAUCAAACUGCCCCAGCGGUCUGACAUGAUCUGUGGCUUUGCUUCUCUCAAAGGUCAGAACAUUUGCACUGCUGCGAUGCGAAACACAAAAAGAGGAUCUUGGUUCAUCCAAGACCUGAACACGGUGCUCCGUCUGAAGGCCAAAGACACACACCUUGCUGAUAUGCUCGUGCAGGUGAACAGGAGAAUCAAAGAGAGAGAGGGACAUGCUCCUGGCACUGCCCACCACCGCUGUAAAGAGAUGUCAGAGUUCACCAGCUCGCUCUGCAAAGACUUCUUCUUCUUCCCCAAACACGAGGCCCAUCACUAACAUGUGCAACACUCAGACUAGAGCUGAGAAUAGUAACUCCAUCAGUCACUAUGUUUACAUGCACAGGGAAAUCAGAGUACGCUCUUGAUCCAAUUUCCAUCUCAUUUUGCCAAAGAAGACAAAUUUAGCAUUAGCACUAAAACUUUGUAGCUCUAAUGGCUAAGAAAAGCUGUUAACAUACUGUACAUGAUCACACUUUUGCAAAUGAAGUGCUCAACUGCAAAAAGAUCUUUGUUUUGAAUAAUUGUUAAGUAUUUAUAUUCUAUAGUACAGAUGUGCAUUUUAUCAUUUUGCUUUUGAAAAUAUUACUACACAAAGAGUAAGCUACAAGCCUCAGAUUACUUUUUAAAAUGGCACUUAUCCGUUUUUUAAUAAAUGAACUUUCCACAGAUAGUUUUUACUUUCCCUUUUAAGGUAGUGGACCAAAACACUGAAACAGCACUAGGGAGUCCAUCGCAACUGCUAAUCAAAAAUUAUUUAAUAUUAAUAUUUACCAGACUUUUUCUGGCCCCAUGCAGUUGAAUGCUUCUCCUAGCAUAGUGAGAGUACAAUCGGCGUACUCCAGAUGUAUUUAUGUGAUUUGGGAAAUUCAAAUCGUGCAUUUUAAAAAUCCUGAUGAAGCCAGAAGUUUAGCUUCCCUGAUGUGCAUGUGAACAUAGUGCAUUUUUGACCACUGCCGCACACUCACAUUCCUUUUACAACUUUAGCUAUUUUUAUUAAUUUGUUUUAUUUCUCAAACUAUGAACUCAGAAAUGCUUGUACGUGGACACUGUAUGCACAUAGGUUUGUACCAGUUAAAGCUUUAGAUACUUUUUUAGUUGUUUACUUCAUCAAACUGGUGGUAUUUUUAAAAAAAACAAUUUUUCACUCAGAAAUGUAUUUUGUACGCAGAUUUAUUUUUCUGUCCCUUAUUUUUUUAUAAAUAUUUGUUUGUAUUGUUGACAAUGUUUUAUUACAGUGACCAAUAGGUGGCAGCAAAUACAUGUUGAGAUAAUUGCAUUUCAUCAUACACUUGUUUUUUAAUCAAUAUUGUUAUAUUUUCAUACGUAGUUUCAUAAUAGUGUUUGUUGCUGUAUGUUUAUUUAUGUAACCACCUGCUCUGCACUGGGAUAUAGUAACCCACCCACAGAGUAGCUAAGAGCCAGCGCUUGUACACUUUUCAUGUUUGUCUGUCUAUUUUAAUCUCUGCUUUUGUUAAAUCAAUAUUAUUAUAAUUCAUGACACCCACUAGCUUUCUUUGUAUCAGCUGUGUUACAGAAUAGCCUUCGUGCUAGUUGGUUAACAGGGGAAUAUGGUGCUACUUUGGAGGUCGUUGGCAGGCAUGAACUUUGAACUAUAGCAAUCUCUCACCUCUUAUGGUGUUUCUACCAUUGGGGCGCUGCUGUAAGUGGAGCUUUCUUACUGUAUUACUCCCACUGUCUUCCAAUAGAAAAUCUAAAUGCGGGUUUCUACAGUGACUGGAGCCAAGAGUGACCUGACCAUGACAUUAUAACCAGUGGGCUGCUUUCUAUGUGUUGCUUUGACCACAUCAUGUACAGUUUGAUGGCAUUCCCUCAAAUCAUGUUUUUCUACAGUGUUUAAUGCAAGGAAAAUGGUCCGAGCUGUAUUAUUAUGAUCUUUACCCUAUCUUUAUAUCAGGUGUUUAAAUUAAUGUUGCCAUUGAAGGUACUGUUACCAUCACAUUAAAUAUACUUCAAAUGAAGUAGUAUUAUUAGGUUCACAUUUAAAGACAUGUAUUUGCUGGCAAGCAACAACAUUGUAUGUUUAUCGAGAGGUAAAAUAAGAUAUUUGUUUAUAAUGACUGCCAAAUAUUGUAUACAAUAAACCAUGGCUGAAAUGGACCAA